UGGCCAAGAUGGAGGAGGUGGAUCACAUUAUUAUCCAUUCCUUGAAAUCUAUUGACUGUGACAUUGAUGAUGAUAUUGUGUGUCUGAAACAGUUUAAUACAGAACUGAUUGUCUCAACCAUCGUGAGUUGCAUCAAGUUCAUCAACAAUGAGAUUGAUUUGCCAAACACGCUGCCGCCAGGCAUGUCUGCUCGCUUCAGGAUGGGAGCCAGCCUGGCCAACUGUAUACAGGAUAUUGGGUACCGCGGUGACCUAGGUUACCAGACAUUCCUGUACUCCAAUGAGAGUGAGAUCAGGAAGAUAUUUAUGUUCCUGGUUGAGAAGCUACCUAAAGAUUCAUCCCAGACAGCUGAGGAACCACUAGGAUCCUCAGUGCUGCUGCAGAGAGCAAUUUCAGCGGUAAUUUCGCGGCAGAUGCAGUCGCCAUGGACACCACCAUAUUUGAAAAAUAAAGGCGUCACAUGGCGUGGGAAACCUCCUACUUGGCAGAGAGAGGGUGCAUGUAACAUGCAUAACUUUCAUGGAGUACACCUGACGUCACCGGAGGGGGUAGCGGAUCUCAACAAGAAAAUACCCAAAGAGCUGAGAGCCUACUACAACCAGAGUCUGCCAUUUGUGACAAAGCAAACGUUGCGCCAUUUUGACACUGCGCCCUCUGUGAUUGAACAGAACUCGUCCGAGGUCGUGGCACACCAGGAGUGGGAGACUGAAUGGAACCAGUCAGGUCUUGCAUCCAGGCUGUCCCAGCAGGAAUUCCGAGCGAAGAAGAAACAGAAGAUCCAGCGAAUGAUAUCAGACCGCUUGCGUCAGGACGCACAGCGGCGAGAAGGAGCCCGGGAAACAGACAUGCUUCGUGACCUCCAGCAGGUCAUUUCCUCCAUCAGCAACCGAGCCAAGUCGGGGGCCAAGACGAAAGGGUCACGGUUUGCUCAUACAGAAAAACUUAUGUUUGGAAAGGAUGAGGAGAAGACCAUGGCCCAGAUCGGCGGAGAAGUGCCCACCAAAGAUACAGAAGAGGAGCAGAAACAGAAGCGGGAGGAGGAGAUUGAGUCUCUGCGGGGGGAGUUGGGGGAGCUGGCGUCACGACUGGAGCAGCUAGACACUGAGAACCGCAAGUUUGCUGCCAGCCACCAGCAGAUGCAGGACACCAUCAGCACGGAGACUCGCACGAUGGAUGACAAGGAACAGGCCUACAGGGUCAAGAAGAGGACACUAGAUCUGCUACCAGAUGCUGAAAAUAACAUAGCCAAAUUGCAGGAACUGGUGGACAACAGUGGUAAGAAGCUGAUCCUGCUGGCCAGCAAGUGGGAGCAACACAGGGCCCCGCUCAUUGACCAGUACAGAGAGCUCCGCGACCUCAACUCAAAGAAAGAGUCCGAGGCCCAGAAGAAGCUGGAGGAGAUCAAGGCGUUCCGGGCUCGGAUGAAGGAGUUCGCAGAUGACACUCGGCACAAGGAGGAGCUACACAAACAACUGCAAUCGGAGUAUGAAAGGAUGACCAAAGAUGUAAACAGAUCAGCAUAUACACGGAAAAUUAUGGAAAUAGUAGGCAAUAUAAAGAAACAAAAACAAGAGAUAGACAAGGUAUUAGUGGAUACAAGAGAAAUCCAAAAGGAAAUUAAUUCUUUAUCAGGAAAAAUUGAUAGAACAUUUAUUGUCACCGAUGAGUUAAUAUUUAAGGAUGCCAAAAAGGAUGAGGCUGUGAAGAAGGCCUACAGGUUUCUCGCUGCUUUACAUGAGAACUGUGACCACCUGAUUAAGACUGUGGAGGAGACUGGAGUCAUCAUGAGGGAGAUCCGGGAUCUGGAGGACCAGAUUGAAAAUGAGAGUAAGAAUAAGGUGCUAGCUAACUUGGAGAAGAUCACAGAAGACUUCCAGCAAAUGAAGAAGGAGAAUUCAACCAUGAUUGCAAGAAUUAAGCAACAGUCAUAAUUUAAUCCUUGCAAAUAUUUGUCAUAAUAAUUAUCUAAACAUAGCUGUUGCUCCUUCUAGGAGGAGAAUCACACAUUUUUCAUGAUCAAAUGUUACAGAAAAUGUUAAUUGAACAGCUUGAUGAUGACCUUGAAGAAUAUGUCGGCUAGUUUGGGUUUGAGACGACCUUUUGAUUGCCUUAUGUAGGACUCAUUAACAAUACUCCCCAAUAAGCUGGUCAUGUUCACCAAAGAUGAUCUAUCUACCUGUGUAGCCUGAGUUUGUGACUGGGAUUUCAUCUACAAUGUCUAAGGCACACUCAACAAGGAGUUAAAUAAUUAAGGUGCUCACAUGAUUUUAUACACUUCGCAAAGUAAGACCCGUUUUAUUAAAAACAAAAGUCUUGAUUAUCAAUCAGAAUGUCUUCACUGGGCGCCACCAUUUUGUUUGAGGCAAAUGUAAGUGAUGAUAAUAAGUAGCCACAUUUGUUGUUUUUUUACCCAUAACAAAAUCACAGACAACACUUAGCAGUGUCUCUUUAUCAAAUCAGUUUAAUAUUUGCAGUUACAUUUACACCACAUCAUCAGACAGGAAAGUGAACAUUUUACAUCUCUGCGUAAUUUUAUAGUCCGAGGUUGACACAGUACCGCAUGAGCACAAUUCUCGCACAACGUUCACUUUUCAGAUGUUAUGAAAAUGAUGUAAUAUAUUGUGCACCUCGGGAUACACCAAAUGGCCGCCCACACAUAAAAAUAGGUUUUUUUUGGUAUUGAUGCCAAGUAAAAAAAACAGCAAGAGGUUUCGGUAGUAGAAAUUCCAUGCUAUGCAUAUAAUAUUCACAACCAAGACUGUUUUGACAAGGAAAUGAAUCAUACAGUGUCAUUUUUCCAGAAAGAUUCUGGGUUUCAAAUCCUAUUAUCCAGAUUUUCCGAACAGAUUGCAGCAGGGAUUGUAUACAAGACGAGAUGCACCAAGAAACAUUUGCUCUCAAACAUACUGAUGUAGUGGAGAGCAGGUAUGAUGACUCCCAGUCACAAAUGUCAGGAUCCAGGCUUGUGCUUCCAAGGACCAUGUUACUUGUCAAUAAUUUGUAGAAAAAGAUUGUUGAUUUUGUCAUUGAUAAAGUGGUGAUGUGUGGAUGUUAUUGUACUAGAGCAUCACAAGGCACUACCCCUGCUGUAGCCUCCAGUCAAAUACUCAACAUGGAGAGGCCACAUUUAUACUGGUUCCACUGUUGCUUUGUGCAGCUAGCUUAGCGCUCUUAGCAAGCAGGUAGUGGCCAGAAAUGUGGUUUAAACCUGUACCGUGUCCAGUUAUAGAUGAGCAUGCAUUGCCUCCUUAAAUACGAAAGUAAAUGACAUGUCGACACAUUGAGUUGGUUUUGGGUGAUAAAAACAACAUACUGCUCUGGGCCCUGUUCCACAAAGCGAUCUUAGCCCUUCUACCGUAAGCCUGUGUUAAAGUAUGGGAGUUACGAUCAUCUUAGCGCUAAAAUCGCCCUGCUGAUGUUUGAUUUUGAUAGACAGAUUUUACUUCACAAACAAACUUCAAGUAUAGUUCGCUGUUUGAGCAUUCGAUACUGAGGCCCAUGAAUGCUGAGCUAUGGGUGAUCCAAUCACAACAUACGAGAUAUCAGCCACCUCCUGUCUACUCUGACCUUUUUGGAAUUUGCUUUAGCUUAAAAAUGUAGUUGAUCUUAGCAUGCUUAGAGACUGCUUCUAAAACUGUCCAUUGAUUUUAUCCUUUGCUCUUUUCCUCCAUCAAGUAGGAAUUAUGUGUCUGUGGCAAGAUAUCAAGUGUAAUGACAUCACGACCCCGUCACAACUGUUGUGACUGCUGAAAUGUGGCUUAAAGUGUUUUUGUGUUCACUGUUAGCUGUUGUGUAUGUGGGGUGCUUGAACGAAGUAGUUUGUCAUUCUUUCAACAAUAUGAAGCCGAUUAUUACCCUGGAAUAGACUUUAAGUCUAGUCAUCAAAGAUUACAACUGGUCCCUUAUUGUGUAUAUCAAACAUGUAUGUGUGAGCAGCUAUUUUGUAACCUGGAUGCUGCUUGUUAGUAAUUGAGGUUUUAUCACAAAUAUGAAAUUAUGAUAUUUUACUAAAGAAAAAGGCUCUAUCUACAUGUUGUAUAAAUAUUUCAAACAUUAAGUAUAUUAAGCUACAAUAAGUUUCUGUGAACACAAAUGAGUAGACUCGUGAAAGACUCAUAUAAAACCAACCAAUCAAUGAAAAACAUGUCAUCUUGAGGCUGCAGUGGAUCAAAACAUCAUGUAAAGUUAAUCAUUAUAUCUUUUCAUUUUAUUGAAUGUUUUGUUUUCUUGUACAUAAUAUGUUUACGAAUUAAGUAAAGCUUCAUGCUCCACUGCCUAAUGCAUAACAGGCCAUGUGAUACGUUGUAUAUAGAGUUGUUAGGCACAAGACUGGACUGGGAUAUUUCCUAUUACCUUUAUGUCCAUAGUAUAAAAAUGAUAAAUUGUUGCGAGUCUGUGAAUAUAGAACGUCAAUGUCUGAGAAAAACUGGUAUCCAAUUAUCCACUGAUUGGGCAUAAAUGAUAAAUAUUAUAUGAAACUUUGUUCUGUGGAACUUCACAACUCGUUACCUGUUAAAGGAAGUCAUUGACCGAUACCCAAAGGCUCGAAGACCUAUAUUAACAUGUGACCUAAUAGAAGUUCCUUGUUACACACGAUACCAGUGUGAUAACAUCCACUACAGCACUGCAUACAGGCAUGAGUUUAUUAGUUGUACCUAUCAUAUAUAUAUUUUUGCUGACAAAAGAAACAUGAAUACCAUACAUGUUGGUUAAUAUGUGAAGAAUUACUCAUGUUCAAGAGACAUUAGAUUGGUUUGACUCAAAAACGAAUAUACUGAUAUGUUAUGUGAAUCGAUGCUCAUGAACGCAUUACAUAUGACGUCAUAGUCCCAUGACUCGAGAUGCACCAUUUGUCUUGUGCAGGAUUAGCGUGUAAAGUUUGGAAAUCACGUGCAUCAUAUCGUGAUGAGGAUAAAUACACUCUGUGAUAACACUUGACUAAUUGUUAUUUUUGUCAUUAAGUGGUACACAUUGGAAACAUCUCUUCUUAAUGUACAUACUUCUCUAUAUGUUUCUAUGGUUCAUGUUUCUUUUGACAGUGAGUAUAUUAAAUGCAGGAGCCCAUUCCACAAAGCAAUUUUAAUGCUAAAAUUAUUGUAAGUCUGUUUUCACAUAUGGGAGUUUCGGAAGUCGUUGCUCUAAGAUCGUUAUGUGGAAUGGGGCCCUAUUAUAAUAAAUCACAAAGAUAUACUUAUUGAAGGUUAUGAUCAAAUUUACAAUUGAUUUCGUAUUUAUGUGACCAGACAGUAAUCUAAUGUUGAAAUUAAUGCCUGCAGCCUGACUAUACAUGUAUUUCGAAUGUUACACGUCUUGACUGAGACAUAACUGUAUGUGAUAAUUGAGGGUGGUUGUGAGUUCUAGUCCCAGAUUUGACUGGAUGACGGUUCUUGGUUUGUCUGCACCACAACCAGGCUUGUUGAGUACAGAGGUAAAUGUCUUCAGCCGGCCUCACUGGCUACCUCCCACACUGAUGGGCCAUGACUUCAGUACUGAUUACAGUGGCAUUAGGAAACUCCCCAUUUCAUUGUCUAUUUCACACUUCCAAUGUUUUUAUUUCAUGGCCAGUGAACAAAUAUAUAUGUAUAUGCUUGCAUACUGUUGAUUGUAUAAAGAUAAUAAUGUGCAAAA